AUGGUGAAAGUCAUGAUGGUGGUGGUGCUGGUGCUGGUUGCUGGCGCUGGCGCUGGCAGUGCCGUGGCCGUGGCGGUAGAGUUGGGAAGUGAUAAUACAAGGGCAUGUCACGCGCUUGGGGACCGUAAAUGUGAGCAUGCUAUGAAACAUGGAUCAGAAUGUUACCUUGUUGUUACCUUGGAUGGUUUGUUAGAUAGUGUAAGGAAGAAUGUGAGGUUGAAAGAAUCGCUCUACACUGUUAAGAGUAUAAAGGAAUAUGGUAUGCACUUGGACAAGUUGAAUCGACUUCAAACAGGUACCAACAACUCAUGUUUUCCAGCUGGCAUUUAUGAUGCAAAGCAGUUUGACGUGAAUGCAAAACCAAAUAAACAUUUCUCUGAAAGAGACUCUAAUAGAAGCAUGGAUUCAACCCUAUCUGGCCACUCAAUGUAUGUUGAUUCAGACAUUUCAGAAGAACUUCGGAAUAAGGUCUUUGAGGCAGCUGCUAGAGAAGGUGCUACACUUGUAGAUCAAUGGUUUGUUGGUUGCAAUGCAAGUCAUGUAGUAUGUGAAGAGACUUCUGUCCAGAGAUAUCUUGGCCUUUCUAACAACAUUGUCACGCCUCUUUGGGUUCUGAAAACAGCAAAGGAGAAGAAUGUGCAGAGGCUUGUUCACAUGUCAGCUGAUUUGGCCAGGCAGGUUGGAACUAUGCUUGAAAAUCUUCAAAAUGGCACUGUAAGAGAGGAAAUUAAUGGUGGAAAUGUUCCUCAAGAUGGUAAGAGCUGUAUAAGUAAAGCAAGCUAUGAAGAAAGGCAACAGAUUGUAAAUUUGGCUAAAACUGGUGUCAGAAAUCGGCGUGGUCGUCGUAUGCAGACUUGCCAAACCCCAAUACGUCCAUUAACCCCAAGUAGCCUUCUGGAUUCAAUAUGCUGGUCUGUCUCUGAGCCAACUUCAACUGCUUCUAUAUACACAGACUCUUUCAGUGGUGAGGAUGUUAGUGAACAUCAGUCAUCCAUAUUCUUUGAUGCAAAGGAGGAUAGCAAGUAUUCAGAAGCUUCAUUUGCUAACUUGACCAGAUUGCUUACAGAAAGUGAAAAAAGCGAGUUGAUAUUUAAGAACCAUUUUCUGACCAUACUCUUUCCUGUUGAUCGAUUUACUGAGAUGGGGCCUUCUUCGCGAACAUAUUUCAGUGAUAAUGGCUUCACAUGUUUGCAGGUGUUAGAUCAUAUCUAUGAAUUUUAUCAGGAGAACAUGUCACCUCAUGAGAUCAUUUCAGCUAUUCACACUGAUUCAAGGCAUGCUGACCGGCUACGUGCGGUGUACUCCAGUAAAGAGACAGCAGAGCACGGUUAUGUAAAUUUUAAACGAAUUGAAUUCUUAGGAAGCCGUAGAAGUUUUGAGAUGUUGAAGCACGUAAGCGGGGAUAACAAUAGUAAUGUAUAUGAGCUCUUGCUGAGAGCAUGAUAUUAUCUUAACAGGGUUGCAAGUCCCCUUGUACUCGUUUCAACACAACAGUGCUGGUGAUACUGACUUGUCAGCUACACACAAUAAUCCCUGUGCCUCCAUUAGGU